AGAGCAGCUCCUAUCUGGAGGAGUCGAGUGAAGCGGAAACUGAAGACCGGGAAGCAGGGGAGCUUCCCGCCUCACCCCUGCCUUUGCUCAGCCCUGGGAACACGCGCUCCCUGGAUGGCAGUGGCUCCGAGCCAGCCCUCCUCAAAAUCUGAGAACUUGAAUACUAGCAGGAAUCACGGGAGAACAGCUGGCCCAGGGCUGGUUCGCGACCCUGGCUGCAGCUUGUCAUCUGGGAAGCGGGGAAGCACUUUAGACACAGUGUGUCACUGGAGCCCAGGCCACAGCACUGUCGAGAGACAGCUCUUCCAGUGACCUAGUGUGGUCAGGCAAACACAUCGUGUCUACUUGCUCCUUGUGAGAAGGAAGAACUGCAAAUCGGUCUGUGAGAUGUGUGGUAUCGUGGGCACAAGGGAUGCUUUCUUCUCAAAGACCAAGAGGUUUUGCAGCGUCUCGUGUUCCAGGAGCUACUCCUCCAACUCCAAGAAAGCCAGUAUCUUGGCUAGACUACAGGGAAAACCGCCCACCAAGAAAGCCAAAGUGCUGCACAAGGCAGCCUGGUCUGCCAAAAUUGGAGCCUUCCUCCAUGCCCAGGGGACAGGACAGCUAGCAGAUGGGACACCCACAGGACAAGAUGCUCUGGUCUUAGGGUUCGACUGGGGCAAGUUCCUGAAGGACCACAGUUACAAGGCUGCUCCUGUCAGCUGCUUCAAACACGUACCCCUCUAUGACCAGUGGGAAGAUGUCGUGAAGGGGAUGAAGGUAGAAGUCCUCAACAGUGACGCCGUGCUCCCCAGCCGGGUGUACUGGAUUGCCUCUGUCAUCCAGGCCGCUGGGUACAGAGUGCUGCUCCGAUACGAAGGCUUUGAAAAUGAUGCCAGUCAUGACUUCUGGUGCAACCUGGGGACAGUGGAUGUCCACCCCAUCGGGUGGUGUGCCAUCAACAGCAAGAUCCUGGUGCCUCCACGGACCAUCCACAUCAAGUGCACUGACUGGAAGAGCUACCUCAUGAAGCGCUUGGUGGGCUCCAGGACUCUCCCUGCAGAUUUUCACAUCAAGAUGGUGGAAAGCAUGAAGUACCCCUUUCGGCAGGGCAUGCGCCUAGAGGUUGUGGACAAGACCCAGGUGUCACGGACCCGCAUGGCUGUGGUGGACACGGUAAUUGGGGGUCGCCUACGGCUCCUCUAUGAGGAUGGUGACAGUGAUGAUGACUUCUGGUGCCAUAUGUGGAGUCCCCUGAUCCACCCAGUGGGUUGGUCACGGCGUGUUGGCCAUGGCAUCAAGAUGUCAGAGAGACGAUGUGACAUGUCCCAUCACCCCACCUUCCGGAAAAUCUACUGUGAUGCUGUCCCUUACCUCUUCAAGAAGGUCCGAGCUGUCUACACAGAAGGUGGCUGGUUUGAGGAAGGAAUGAAACUAGAAGCCAUUGACCCUCUGAAUCUGGGCAACAUCUGUGUAGCAACCAUCUGCAAGGUACUCUUGGAUGGCUACCUCAUGAUCUGUGUGGAUGGGGGGCCUUCCACAGAUGGCUCAGACUGGUUCUGCUACCAUGCCUCCUCCCAUGCCAUUUUCCCAGCCACCUUCUGCCAGAAGAAUGACAUUGAGCUCACACCCCCGAAAGGGUAUGAGACACGGCUUUUUGACUGGGAUACCUACUUAGAGAAGACCAAGUCGAAGGCAGCUCCAGCAAGGCUCUUUAACAUGGACUGCCCCAACCAUGGCUUCAAGGUGGGCAUGAAGCUGGAGGCUGUGGACUUGAUGGAGCCCAGGCUCAUCUGUGUGGCCACUGUGAAGAGAGUGGUGCAUCGGCUCCUUAGCAUCCACUUUGAUGGCUGGGAUAACGAGUAUGAUCAGUGGGUGGAUUGUGAAUCCCCAGACAUCUACCCUGUGGGCUGGUGUGAACUCACCGGCUACCAGCUCCAGCCACCUGUGUCCGCAGAACCAAACACACCUCUGAAGGGCAAAGAGGCCACAAAGAAGAAAAAGAAACAAUUUGGGAAGAAAAGAAAAAGAAUCCCGUCAGCCAAGACUCGACCCAUCAGACAGGGCUCCAAGAAGCCCUUGCUGGAGGAUGACCUGCAGGCUUUGGGGGUCUCAUCGGAGCCAGUUUCUGAUGACAUUAUUGCUGUGUGUGUGAAGGAGGAGCACCAGGACAUGCCUUCGCCCGACCGGUCACCCAGUCCUCAGCUGCCCCUUUCCAUUGAGAGCAUCAAGCAGGAGAAAGACAACUGAGCCUUCCCUGGUGUCAGCCUGGACCUAGCUGAAGCCUGGCCUGGCCAUGGAUCAGAGAGGAGGCCCAGCUUACUGCUGUGCAGCGAAUGGACAGCCUGGUCUUCUAGGCCCACCUCUGCCCUCACUCAGGCCUGAGGCCCCCUCUGCACACUGGAAAACUGGACUGAUCCAUGUGUCUACCCAGGCAGGUGGUGGAGUUAUGGAGCAUCUGUGAGUGGGACACCCUUGUGGACACUAGGUGUGAACAGAGCUACCUCUGCCUAAAACAAAUCGAGGGUCUCAUGCCUCCUGGAGCACCCUGCACUGCCUCGUGCCCUAGGCCCCCACUUUGGCGGGUAAUUGAGAAGUGACCAGGGUAGUAGGUUUGGGUAACUGGUAAGUGGCCUUGACCUCACGGUUGACAAGAACACUGACUUCCUUUCUUAAAAGAACAGUUGGGAUUACUUACAGGGACCUGUGCCCCCAGGGGCUCCUUGCUUCCAGAUACAGGAUCAGACAAUAAUGUGGCUCUGGGAUCCUGCCUGAGUUCAUGCUUCUCGAGAGCCUCGUUUGGGUUGGACCUAACAUUUCCAUUCCUUCUUGGGUCAGCUGUGUAACUACUCGGCUCACUGUCUUUACAUCAAGUUUGAGGUUUUGUUUUUCCCAGUCAAACACUUUUUGGUGAGUGAGUGAGUGAGUGAGUGAGUGAGUGAGUGAGUGUGUGUGUGUGUGUGUGUGUGUGUGUGUGUGGUUUUUUUUGUUUUGUUUUGUUUUUUUUGAGACAGGAUCUUUCAUUUUUAUGUAGACCAGGUUGGCCUUGAACUCAGAGAUCCCCUGCUUCUGUCUCCUGAGUGCUGGUGUUAAAAGCAUGCACCCAGCCCCAGUUAGAAACUCUUGAAACUGGUCAUCUAGCCCUCCGGUAACAUCUGGGAAACCAGAGGGGCACCUGCAGUGGGCCCUUAUUGUUCCCCUGUAUUUUGGAGAAGCAGUGCAGCCAUGGCUCCGUGUCCUGCCGUGACUGUGGCUGUGCUGUGUUUCAUAGCCACGUUUUGCACUGGUCAGUCUGCAACAUCAUCCUGAGAUGUACUGACUGGCUUUGCUCAGGACCCAGACUGGGUUCAUCCCCGAGGCGACAUGUGAGUGACCAGUCUACACACUGAGCAGGUUCAGAGAGCAUUCAGUCCUGACUCACCUGCUACACACAGCCCACCCUGUCAUGAGAGGGGCCUUUGUCAUAGCCUGGUUCCUCAAAGGGUGAAUAGUUUGGAAGUAGACGGAAGAUCACAGCAAAAGGCAGGUUCAAUUCCCAGCACCCACCCAUAAGCACCUGUAACUUGAGCUACAAGGGGAGCUUGUGCCUCUGGUUUCCGUGGGUAAAAAUGUGCACAUAAAUGACGUGUAAUUAAAAAUAAAAUCUUAAAAAAAAUGA